AUGUGGCCAUGCAAAAGUGGGCUUGGAAACAUCCUAGGAUAUGGAGUUAAAGGGAAUGGAAUAGUUGCAUCUGAGAAGUCUGUCGAUGAUGAGCAUAAUAAUGCAACAACAAUUAAGGUCGAAUUCCCGAGGAAGCUGGACGAUGCUUCAUCGAUUAAAGAGAUAGAGGGUUCAAAGUCAGACCUAGUAGGAUCACAGGUGCCAAUAUUUACUUUGAAUUCACGAAUAUAUAAUAAAUUUGAACUAGCAGUCUCAUCUUCAUAUACGGAACGGAGUGAAAAGCUGAUGUAUAAUGACCCAAAAAUGUACAUACCGAGGGACAUUUUAAAAUCAUAUCUCGUCGAGUCGAAUUCUUUAACGUCAACAAUAGCGUACGAUCCUACUUUUGGUAGGCUCUUUUCGUUAUCUGAGAUACGGACAAGGAAUGGAAAUUAUUCGGCCAAGAUAAUGGCUUAUGUUACUGGCGAGACUGGAAAUAUAUUUAAUAUUUCAACAGUGGACUAUAGGAGAAUAGAAAUUCGCAACAAAAGUAGUCAAACUUCUGAGAUAUAUACACCAGAAAUUUUGAAGCCUUUUCAAGUUGCAUUUUCAGAACCAAUCAAGCAAAUUGAAUUUUCUCUGAAAUCAUUCGGUUUUAUACCAUCAUUCGUACUCAUCCGUUCUGCAUCAAAGAUCUACAUUGUCAGUUGCUAUAAAUCAGGAAGGACGAGAGACUUGCAGAGGUCAAAGGUAGAGAUGGACCUUGUUAGUGAAUUAGGUACGAACGAUCUUAGUCGGAAUGAAUUCGCAGAUGUUGCCUUCAAUCCUUGGGAUUAUACCCAAUUUUCUGCUGUUGAUGUGAAGGGAAAUUUUGGUGUCUGGAAUAUACGACGUGAGCGUCCUAAUUGUUUGAAGAGGGUUAAUUUUAAUAUUGAUUAUGAAGUUGGAGAGCAAAAUACGACUUCGGUACCUAAAUGUUCUCCAUCUAUAUCUGAUUCAGAGGAAUUGUCCAAUUGGAAAAGGAUAAUUUGGGGAGGCAGCGAAGGCUCGCUUAUUGUCAUCAGUAGGUCUUCCGCGACACAGUUCACUAUUAUACCCAAACUAACUUCUUUCGAAUUAAUCAGUGCUAAGACCUGGUCCAAAAUUCAAGAUGUUUUUAGAAAUGAAAGGUAUGCAUUUUUAUUGACUUCUAAAGAAUUAAUAUGGUUGAGCAUUUCACCAGAAACUAAAAGAAUACUCUCCUGGAAGCAUUUUUUAGACGACCAAGAUCCUUCGUUGAAGCUACAUGUAUGCAAAAAGCAAGGCCACAACUACAUCUGCUUGAUCUAUUCCCAAAUGCAUCCCUUAAUUUUUGUAUACACCUUUGGCUUUAGGGAUGAAAAGCCUUGUAGCUUGAGAGAUCCGUAUUUUAUACGGCGAGCUAAAGAUAUGAGAGGCGUUCAACAGGUUCACCUUGCCACCUUAAAUCGUAAUUUUUUUACGCUGCUGAAUGACCUCGUUCAGGAGGAAGAUCUAGUCAGUGAAAGUGAUCUAGAAUCUGACUUUCAAAGUGAGGCGCUUGGCCUCUUCGAAUUGACAACUGAUCUUGAUCUAUCUAUCAAUUUAUUUUCUGAGGUAGAUGGCUUGACGACAAUUGACGAGAAAGAAGAGUGGAAUCCCCAAGAAUUAAAUAAAAAGAAGACAAAAGUUGCCAUUGGAAGAUAUCACUUGUUCAAAAAAUUUUCGAAAAAACUGUUUUCCUACGUCUAUAGUGACAUUGCCAAAGUGAAUAAAAAGAUGCACCUGGAUGACGAGAUAAAAAGAAUACAGGAUUAUGCCUUCAAAUUGGGAGAGGGUAGCGCUGUGGUGCAUAAAGAAGACUUUACUUAUCACUCAUUAAUGGAUAUAUCGUCUACGAUGCCUCCCUUAGUUGCGAAUAUUUCGGAAUUUGACUCCAUGAUUGAACAACUAUCCAAAUAUUAUAAAGAAAAAUCAAUUGACAUUUCAAAUAUAGAGCAUGCGUUCUAUAAACAUUCUACCCUUUUUUCUUCAUUCACAAGAGCAUCACGUAAAAAUAACAUUCUUAACCUUUUUGGUGCCUUAAAUGAGGUAUAUACAAAUGAAAAAUUGAAACAAUUCAAUUCAAUAGAAAAUGUCCGCUUGACAGCAAUAUUGAUUGGAACAAGUUUAUUGAAAGCCAGUUCUACUAAUUUGGAACGCAAUCAUGCUGAUCAAUUCUCCGACGAAAUAAAAAUAUCAGCGGACCAUGUAAAAGCUAUAGUAGAGGAAUGGGAUCAUGACGAAUUAGAGAUCUUUGACGAUUUUGACUCAAAGGAGGAUAAAUUUCAAUCCCAAGUUUCGAUCCCCCAAAUAUCAUCUUCAAUACCAUCAAUUAACAUAACAACGCAAGAGAAGAACACCAGAAAAGUAAACUCGAAAAGAAGGAUACUUAAAACUUUCGCGCGGAGACAGAAACCAUCGAGCUCCCAGAACUCUAUUGUGAGCGCAAGCCAAAGUCAAGAACCUUUCGAACCAGGGCACCUUCUAAGUUCCCAGAUGAAAGGAGCCUCAUCGCAAGAAAGUUUACUAAAUUCCCAGAACAUAAAUACGAGCUCUAGGCGCUUCAUUGCUUCACAAAAUAGAUUCUCAACUUCACAAAGUAACUCUCAGAAGAAAGCUAAGAAACGGAAAGGAGGGUUUCAAUAA